AGGCGUUACUAGGAAUGAAAAUUGUGAGACAACGUGAGAGUGAAAUUCUGUUAAUCUGCACACAUUCACUCUCACUCUCACUCUCAAUGGAGCUCCGAACUGCAGCCGUGUUGCUUCUCUUCCUGUGUGCCUCCAUCUUCAUCACCACUGAGGCAGGACUCAUCCCAAACUGCUGCUUAAGCACUAGGGAUAAGAUUAGCUGGAUCAAAAUAAAAAAUGCUGAGAAAUAUGACCUUCAGUCAGAUGCUGGACCGUGUGAAGUUAAAGCGCUGAUCUUGCAUGUGGGAAAGAAGAGAUUCUGCCUUGAUCCUAAGCUAGAGAAAAAGGUGAAAAAGGGGAUGAGGAAAAUGAAUAAGCAUGCCCCAAAACAGAAAAGCCAGUGAUGAUUUUUCUAAACAAUGUUGUUUAGAAAAGGAUGUCGGAGUUAUUUUUUGCUUAUUUGUUUUUGUUUUUGUUUGUUUGUUUGUUUUAAGGAUGUCUUGAAAGAUUAUGAUGGAUGUAUGUGAUGUUGUGUAUUCAAAGGCAUCAUUACAGCUAAUAAAAAAGGUUUUGGUUUCAAACCAAAGUUUUUUUUUGGAAUCAACAAUAAAAUAAUGCACCAGGGUUCAUAAUCUGCAUCACAAGUCUCUAAUUUCCUGUGUUUCCAUUUUAAAACAUUUUCUGAAUAUUUUUCCAUUGGCAGUACUGGGAUCUGAACUCAUGACCUUCAGAGCAAUAGGCCAAUGUCUUAACCACUGAGCUGGGGUUUCUGGCCCAGCAUUGGGCCAUGUAUGGGUUUUUAAUGGGCUGGCAUUUGGGCUACUUAUAGCCCUUGGUUGUAUACCGAAUCUUGGCCGUCCAUGAGCCGUCAUUCUUUGCAGUAUGUGGGCCGAGGGAGAAUUGGUUGUGUUUACUGGAGCUGGGCCAGAAAAAAUUAUGUGGGAUAGCCAGUCUGUUUUCAUUUUUUAACAAAGGUGAAAUGGCUAAAAGAAAAAAAAGACGAGUAUCGUUCUUUCCAGUCCGAACAGACAGAUGAAUUUGCAUAUUUGAAAGUCGCAUUAAUGGGUACAGCUUGUGUGACAAGUUCGGAUAGCAGUCAGACCAAUGAAGGCAAAAUGUCAAGAAGAAGCUCUUCUUUUACUUCGCCUACUUCUUCGCUGUGUAAUCCUGUUCCAAGUCACGGGCAGUUCAUGAAGCUCUUCUCCGCUGCUUUGUACGCAGUCAGUUCUUUUCUUAUAGUGGUCGUCAACAAGACAGUUUUAACAGCCUAUAGGUUUCCCUCGUACACCUUCCUUGGAAUUGGACAGAUGGCAUGCACAAUUGUCAUUCUUUAUUUGGCCAAAAUGUGCAAAGCAGUCUCUUUUCAGGACUUUGACAGGAGCUUACACAGAAAGAUCUUUCCUUUGCCAUUACUCUAUGUCGGCAAUCACAUAACAGGUCUGGGAAGCACAAAGAAGUUAAGCUUACCCAUGUUUACUGUGCUCCGAAAAUUCACUAUUCUACUGACAAUGAUCAUGGAAGCGAAAAUAUUGAGAAAAUCCUUUUCACCUCAGCUGGCUUGCAGUGUGAUCGCCAUUGUGUUUGGCGCAUUGAUUGCUGCAAGUUCUGACCUGGCUUUUGAUACAGAGGGAUAUGUUUUUGUUCUGCUCAACGAUGUCUUCACAGCUGCCAAUGGCGUGUACACAAAGCAGAAAAUGGGAGUAGAGGGCCUGGGCAAGUUCGGCGUUUUGUUCUACAAUGCAUUUAUCAUCAUAAUUCCUACUAUUUUAGCAAGUGCCUACACUGGAGAUUUAGAGAAGGCCAUUGCUUUUAAAGGAUGGGUAUCACUGGGGUUCAUUGUUUAUUUUCUUGUGUCUUGUGUUAUGGGAUUCAUUUUGAUGUACUCUAUAGUUCUAUGCAGUCAUCACAACAGUGCCUUAACCACUACAGUUAUUGGUGCCAUUAAGAAUGUUGCCGUAGCCUACAUUGGUAUGUUCGUUGGAGGAGACUAUGAAUUUUCCUGGCCAAACUUUGUAGGGCUGAAUAUAUGUAUUUCUGGUGGCCUGGUCUAUUCAUACUUGACGUUUCAUAGCAGCAGUACCUCCUCACCACACAUAGCAAACCAAGAGGAGGAAGAACUGAGCCAUGUCAUCGAGGAGCCCCAUAAUAACUCUGAGAAAAGACAAUUCUAAUGUACAGUAUAGCUAAAGUCUACAUUUGCAGUGUAUUUUUAUACCUGUAUUUUAUUAAAGCUGCAAAUAGUGACUUUAGAUUUUUACGUGACAUAAUAUUUGGACUCAACUUUGUAGAACAUUGCAUUUGAGACAGUGACUGAGGUUAAUAAUGUGCUAAAUGUCAUCUUUGAGGGCAUGUGUGCUUAUAUUUGUUCAGUCGUGUAAUAAAAACAGCCCUUUUUUUUUUUUUUUUUAAAGGUUUGUGGCAUGGUAUGCAUGCAGUGGGCAUCAGUCUGGUUGGCAAACACCAGCUUAGUCAGUGAGAGUACAUUUGCUGUUCUCUAUCCACUUUUGGCUUAUGGCUAAAUUUCCUCGUUAGAUAUUUUAUGCAUACCAGAGCCUUGUGCAGUGCAUUGUACCUCCAUGAUAUUUCAUGUGUGUGAGAUCUGCUGUCAAAGACUUUUAAAGCACGUUCAGUCCUAUACAGUAUGUAAGACAUGUAAUGCUCGUUAAGGCCUUUAAUCCAUAAAAUUCAGGCUUCAAGUCUUCAUUCACAAAAAUAUUUGGACUUUAAAGGGUAAGUACCUGCAGACACCCUGAAUAACUUACCAUACCAUAUGAUACAAGCUACUUACAAACCUGCAGGACAGAAGUGCCAUGUUGGUAUAGUACAAAGAAUAAAAAAAAGCCUGAAUCCUACAGUUAGCCUGCAUUCUUAAAGUCCCUAGCAACUUGUGAUAAAACCUGAUGCAGAGUAUCUGUCAUUAAAUUAACAUUUACCAAUGCCAAAUUCAAGGAGCAUAGAUAGAUCAGCCAUAGCAUUAAAACCACUGACGGGUAAAGUGAGUAACAUUUAUUAGCCCGUUAUGGUGGCACCUGUCAAGGCAUGGGAUAUGUAUAGCAGAAAGUGAACAAUCAGUUCUUGAAGUUGAUAUCUAGAAGGGCAGGUUUUGUCAGGUGUUCAGAACUGGACCAUGGAGCAAUGAAAGAAGGUGGCCUGGUCUGAUGAAUUCCUUUUCAUUUACAUCAUAUGGACGGAAAAGUGGGUGUGCAUCGCUUACCUGGGGAAAAGAUGUCACCAGGAUGCACUAUGGGAAGAAGGCAAGCUGGUGGAGGAAGUGUGAUGCUCUGGGCAAUGUUCUGCUGGGAAACCUUGGGUCCUGGUAUUCAUGUGGAUGUUACUUUGACUCAUAUCACCUACCAAAACAUUGUUGCAGACCAAGUACACCCCUUUAUGGCAACGGUAUUCCCUAAUGGCGGUGGCCUCUUUCAGCAGGAUAAUGCGCUAUGCCACAGUGCAGAAAUUGGUCCGGAAUGGUUUGAGGAACAUGUUUCAAAUUCCCCAGAUCUCAAUCAGAUCCAAUCGAGCACCUGUGGGAUGUGCUGGGCAAACAAGUCCGAUCCAUGGAGGCCCCACCUCACAACCUUCAGGACUUAAAGGACCUGCCGUUAAGGUCUUGGUGCUAGAUACCACAGCACACCUUCAGAGGUGUUUCAGUAGCACAAGGGGGACCUAAACCAAUAUUAGGCAGGUGUUUUUUAUUUAUUUAUUUUAUGGCUCAUCAGUGUAUAUCCCUAACUACACUUUAAUUAUAACUAAACACUACAAAAAGUCCUAUUUUCUGCCUGAUCAGAACUGUGUGGAUGUGUCAGACCACAUACACAAGGGCAUCUCUCCAGCAAUAUGAACACUUCUUGGAAUGCUAGAAAAGCAUGUAGAAAGCAAGUCUUUGUGUGGUGUAUUCAUGUAUUUGGUACAAAUUUGCAAUGGCACCGCAUUUGUGGAAAUCAGGUUUGUGUGCACUCCGCUGCUACUUCCUCCUUCCAGCUAGUUUAAGCACAUGCAGAGAAAAGGCAGUGCAGUGUGCAGAACCACUCGCACAUCACAUCUGGUUUAAUCAAAUAGAUUAAAAUGAGCUUUACUGUCUUCUCGUUCAUCUGCCUAUUAUUACACAGCUGCAAGCAACUUAUUAACUUUUUAGGGUAGGGAUUUUUCCUGUUUAUAGUAAUAAGACUUUGUCACUAUAAGUCACUCUGCUAUUUCUCAUUCUUAAAAUAAAUACAUAAAUAAACCUUGAGGCUGUGAGACAUAUUACCAUACAUAAACUCACUAGUCUAAAAUAAUGAAUAUCUUUUUUAUGAUUAUUUUUUAUUUUUUUAUAUCUAACUAGAUGCAGUUUUGUUCACUCUCAGGCACAAAGAGGAAGUCACUUUAUUUCCUGUGGUUGGGGUGAAGCUGAUUAUACAAAUGGCUAAUUCUGACUGAUAUUUCAUAGACUUGAUAUCACCUCUACCAUAUAGUCACACCCAACUUGAAUCACCCAGAAGAAAAUGGUAGGGAAAAAAGAAACUGGAAAAAAAAAAGUUCUUUCUUUUGCAGUUAGUGUUAAACUGACCACCGAAGCUCUAGCUACUAGUUUUAAGAAGUUAAAGAGACUUCAAUGAAUGAAGCAGGACCAGAGUAGUAUAUAGUAAAAUUCUGACACUCCUGAUUGUGGCUCUACUCACUA